AUGGAGGACCCAGAGUUGGCUGCGAUCCGUGCUGCGAGGAUGAGCCAGUUGCAGCAGCAGAACGCGGGUCGCGGCGGAGGCCAGGGUGGUGAAGAUGAGGGCAAACGCGUGGCAGAGGAGCAGAUGCGGAGAGACCUGUUGGCGACUGUCCUUGAUCAUGCUGCUCGGGAAAGGCUCGCACGUAUUGCUCUUGUUAGCCCGGAUCGAGCGCGACAGAUUGAAGCCAUCCUCCUGCGUAUGGCGCAGAGUGGACAGCUACGCGGUCGGGUAAGCGAAGAUCAGCUCAUCGAGCUCUUGGAACAGGCAGACGAAGCGCAAUCAAAGAGCGCACCGAAGAAAGGCGCCAUUGUGUUCCAACGAAGAAAAGGAGGACUUGACGACGAUGACUUCGACCUCGGAUUAUGA